AUGGUGUCACUCAUGGUGUUGGUUCUAGUGCUGCUGGAUCCAUCAGUGUACAAAGCCAAUGAUGCUAAAUGCACCAUCAGCAAACCCCUCUCAAGCCUUCAGAAAUGUUAUCAAGAAGGAGAUCUCAUAAUUGGGGGAAUUUCAUCUCUUAUCUAUGUCAUUUCAGAAAUCAUGGACUUCAGCAAACUGCUCAACAAUAUGGCAUAUAAUAUGCCCUUUGUACUGACUAAUCAUUAUCAACAUGUCUUGGCCAUGGCAUUUGCUGUGAAGAAGAUCAAUGAAAAUCCCCAGAUCUUACCCAAUGUCACCUUGGGCUUCCACAUCUGGAACAGCUACUUCAAUGCAAGAGAGACCUAUCGUGCUAUGGUAGAACUUCUCUCAACAAAGAACAGAUUGGUCCCCAACUACAAGUGUGACCCCCAGAGCAAUCUGAUAGCAGUCAUUGGAGGACUUGAAGCUGAAACUUCCCUCUACAUAGCAAAUUUGUUAGCUAUCUACAAUAUUCCACAGCUCACCUAUGGCUCUGCUUCAGUAAUGAAUGAAAAAUUAUCUGGCCUUUCUGUCUAUCAGAUGGUUCCAAAUGAAGUCAAUCAAUACAGGGGUAUCCUCCACUUAAUUCUGCAUUUCAGGUGGACAUGGAUUGGGCUCAUUGCUGUGGAUGAUGAACGUGGAGAAAGAUUUCAGCAAGCCCUGCUUCCUCUGUUUUUUCAAAAUGGCAUCUGUUUGGCCUUCAUAGAAAAAAUCCUACAGGUCACAACCAUAGAUUAUUAUUUUACCAUGAUGCAGGAUGGAUGGGAAAAAUUUGAUGUUGUAAUGGAGAGCAAAGCCAAUGCAGUUGUCCUUUAUGGAGACAGUGAAUCUAUCUCGUAUAUGAGAUGGUCUAUAAAAUUCUCAGAGACGGAAUUCACGACAGCAAAGCUUAAAGGGAAAGUAUAUAUUAUGACCAUUCAGAUGGAUUUGGUGUCCUAUUAUUAUCAAAGAAAUUGGGACAAAGUAGUCCUUCAUGGUGCUAUAUCCUUCAUAGUUCACACGAAUCAACCACCAGGAUUUCAGCAAUUUCUUAAGAGCAGAAAGCCUCUUUGGACUGAAGGAGAUGGCUUCAUCAGGGAUUUCUGGGAGCAGGCAUUCCUCUGUCAUUUCUCAGAUUCACCACUGGAGAAGGAGUUUGAUAAGAAUUGCACUGGAGAGGAGCAGCUGGAGAGCCUUCCUGCAGAUAUUUUUGAAAUGAGUAUGACUGGCCCCAGCUACAGUAUCUACAAUGCUGUCUAUGCUAUCGCAAAUGCUUUACAUGCCCUACUUUCAUUUUGUUAUGGACAAAGAAGAAUGGUGGAGACAAAGAAAUGUAAUUUCAGACAACCAUUAUGGCAGACACAGCCCCUUUCUGUCUGCAGUGGAAGUUGCCAUCCAGGUUACAGGAAGGAAAUGAAGGAGGGAGAACCAUUCUGCUGCUAUGGCUGCAUUCCAUGUCCAGAAGGAAAGAUUUCUGAUCAGAAGGACUUGGAUGACUGCAUCACUUGCAGAGAAGAUGAAUAUUCAAACAAGGGACAUUAUCAAUGCAUUCCCAAAAACUUCAUUUUCUUGUCCCAUGAGGAACCGCUGGGGAUCACUUUAGUGACUUUUGUACUUUCCUUUUCUUCCAUCACUCUUUUGGUGCUAGGAAUCUUUAUAAAGCACCACAGCACCCCUAUUGUCAAAGCCAACAACAGGAACCUCACCUAUUCUCUUCUGAUCUGCCUCCUCCUUUGCUUUCUUUGUGCUUUGCUAUUCAUUGGUCAACCACAAGGAAUGUCAUGUCUCCUCCAACAAUCAAUUUUUGGCAUGGUCUUCUCAGUUGCCCUUUCUUAUGUGCUGGCAAAAACGGUCAUGGUGGUUCUGGCUUUCCUAAGCAUCCAACCAGGAAGCAGCCUGAGGAAGUGGGUGGGGAAAAGAGUGGGCAAUUCCAUUGUGAUUUCAUGCUCCCUUUUCCAAGCAGCCCUUUGUUUUGCAUGGCUGGCAACUUCCCCCCCAUUUCCAGAUGUUGACAUACACUCAGAGACUGAAGCCAUUGUACUGGAAUGUAAGGUGGGGUCUGUCACCAUGUUUUACUGUGUACUGGCCUACAUGGGGUUCCUGGCUGUUAGCUUUGUGGUGUCUUUCAUGGCCAGAAAGUUACCAGACAGUUUUAAUGAAGCCAAAUUUAUCACUUUCAGUCUCUUGGUCUUUUGCAGUGUUUGGAUAUCUUUUGUUCCCACCUACCUGAGCACUAAGGGAAAAUCCAUGGUGGCCGUGGAGAUCUUCUCCAUCCUAGCAUCCACUGCUGGUCUUCUGGGUUGCAUCUUUACCCCCAAAUGUUUUAUUAUUAUGCUGCGGCCUGAGUUGAACAACAGGGAACAGCUGAUAAGAAGAAAAGCAAACUAA